GCUUGGAAACACGGGGGAGGGGGGUUGCCCUCGCCCUGCCUGUGGGUUUCAUUUCCAGCCGCUCCGGGUUGGCGGAUGCUGCGUGGGGUUAAAGUGCCCUGCCUCUGCCUUGCUUUGACAUAGCAUCUGAGUAGCCUGGAGUUAUAGCAGCUGCUCCAGGGUCACAGCGCCGAGCGGGUCUCACUAUGACCCUAGAUACGCUGAGGCAGCUGCUACCUGAGGUGGAGGUGGGCCCUCGCCUAGUCUCAGCCCUGCUCGGCAGCUCGGCUGCAGCCAUCCUGGUACUGAAAUGGAUGGGGCAGAGACGGACGCAGAAGAAGAUGGAAGAGGCGAGGAGAAGGAGAGAGCUGGGUUUGGGGCAAAUGGAAAAGGCUGUUCAGCAAUUUAAACAGCAGAACCCAGGGAUACAGGCUGGUCACAUCCUCUCCCUGCCACUUGUGGAGCUGGCUGAAAAACUGAAGGAAGGUUCCCUGUCUCCAGAGAGCGUCCUCUACACGUACAUGGACAAGGCCUUGGCGGUGACCCGGGAGGUGAACUGCCUGAGACAUUUUAUUCCGGAGUGCGAGGAGCAGCUACAGGAAGUGCGAAGGCAGAAGGAGAAAGGGUUAUUGUAUGGCGUUCCUGUCAGCAUCAAGGAUCACAUUGGCUAUAAGGGCCACCUCUCCACCUGCGGCUUUGUGCAACUCCUCAGCAGGCUGGAGCAAGAGGACAGCGUGAUGGUCAAGGUCUUGAAGAGACAGGGGGCCAUUCCGUUUGUACUAACCAAUGUCCCCCAGUCCUUAUUCAACUACGACUGCAGCAACUCGAUCUUCGGCCAGACGGUGAAUCCGCUGAACCACCAGAAAAGCCCCGGCGGCUCCUCCGGAGGGGAGGGGGCGCUGAUCGCCGGAGGAGGGUCCGUCCUGGGCUUUGGGACAGAUAUAGGUGGGAGCAUCCGCCUGCCGUCCAGCUUCUGCGGGCUGUGCGGGCUCAAGCCGACGGGCAACAGGCUGAGUCUCUCUGGAAUUAGCGGCCCUAUUGAUGGGAUCCUAUCAGUUACAGGAGCGGUAGGACCAAUGGCGAGGGACGUGGACAGCCUGGCUCUGUGCAUGAGAGCGCUCCUGUGUGACGACAUGUUCCGCCUGGACCCCACCGUGCCGCCCCUGCCCUUCAACGAGGAGGUGUACUCCAGCUCUGCCCCUCUUCGGAUCGGGUACUACGACACAGACGGCUAUUUCCUGCUACCCCCCUGCAUGAGACGGGCUGUGCAUGAAACCAAGGAGAUUCUCCAGAAAGCUGGACACACACUGGUGCCCUUUGCUCCUCCUCGGCCUGACUACGUCAUGAAUGAGCUUUUUGUGAAAGGGCUUUUUGCUGAUGGAGGCUCCACUUUACUGGGCAUGUUUGCAGGGGACGUUGUGGAUCCAGGCCUGGAAUCCCAGGUGAAUUGUUAUAGGAUUCCAACACUGGUGAAAAAAAUGCUGGCUCUUACGGUUCGACCUCUGUUUCCACGCCUGGCGGAUUAUUUGGCUGCUCUGUGUGGAGUGAGGUCCAAGAAAUUUCUGUGGAAGCAGCACGCCCAAGUGACGGCUUACCGCAUGGAGUUCAUCGCCGCAUGGAGGAAACUCAAGCUGGAUGUCGUGCUGUGUCCGGUUCUAGGUCCUGCCUUCACGGUCGGCUAUCCUGGGAAGUUAUUCGCUGCUGUUUCCUCUACCAUGUUGUACAACGUCUUAAACUUCCCCGCGGGGGUUGUGCCGGUCACCACCGUUACGGAGGCUGAUGAGGAAGAUCUGAAGCAUUACACAGGGCACUACGGUGACCCCUGGGAUAGGACACUGAGGCAGGCUGUGGAAGGAGCCGUGGGGCUGCCUGUUGCGGUGCAGUGCGUGGCUCUGGCGUGGCAGGAGGAGCUGUGUCUGCGGUUCAUGAAGGAAGUGGAGACGCUCGCCCGAGGGAGGAAGAGGAGAAAAGUGUGACCUCUCAGGGGGUAUGUCUCUCUAAGGAAUCCAGCUAUUCCUUCCCAGCCAAUAAAAGGAUUGCAAAAAGUCCUUUCAGCAAAACAAUGCAAGGUUUCUCUCAAGUAUUUACUUGGUGUCUAAAGUGCAGGAUGAGAGCGUAAGAAUCAAUGUAUAACCAGAAACCAGCAACCAACCAACCCAGAAUAUCACCCAGCAAAACCAGGAGGGUGUGGGAAAGAGGAAUUCCCCUGUCAGAUCAGACAUGUACAAACUGUUCUGGGUCAUUUCUCCAACACGAGUGGGGGAAGAAAAGCUCCGGUCUCUUCUCCCCUCAGUGUAAAUGCAAAUGAUUCCAAUUAUUGAUGUCCUACAUAAUUUAUACCUUGGAUGUUCUUUGCACCACCACCAUCUUUAGGUCGCUCGGUAAAAUACACUCGGCGCAUCUGACACAAGGGAAGCUGUGUGGUCCCUUUAAGAAAAGGGACGGGACAAUGUUUCAGGGCUUGAGGCAGACUUAAGAUCAGACUUCAGCCCGGGGAAGUUUUCAGUCUGAUGCAGGAUGUUACGUGAUUGCAGUGAAGCCAAAAGAGAGGAGAAAAUGCUUUUAAAGGAGCACAGCAUGCCCUGAUUGGUGUCAGAGCCAGAGUCCUCAAAAAGAAAAUGGGGACAAGAGACGGCAUAAGGUCUUGUCCUGUCUUUAAAGUGAAGCUCUGCUCCCAAAAUGGGACUGUAGCUCCUUUUUACUGGUCAUCACUGAACUAGGAAUCACAAGAUCUGGGCUUUGUUCCCAGCUCUUCCAGUGUCUUGCUGGGUGAACUUGGGCAAGUCACUUCAUCUCCGUGACUUGGUUUCCCUAUAUGUAAAAUAG